CAAGGAUCACAUGUAAGAAGGGAGGAAGUUCCAGGAUCUACUAUGUGCCGUCGCAUCAUGAUAGGGAUUAUUUGGAAUAAUCACGACGAGUUGCGUAAACUGAAUGGACAUUGGCUGCAGAUAAACUGGUUGAGCACUCAUCUGCACGAUGGCUGACUGGGACUACGACUAUCUGAUCAAGCUGCUGGCGCUCGGCGACUCUGGGGUGGGGAAGACCACCUUCCUCUACCGGUACACCGACGACAAGUUCAACCGCAAGUUCACAACCACGGUGGGCAUCGACUUCAAGGAAAAGAGAGUGAUAUACACAGGGACGGGUGCUGAUGGGACGACUGAGAGGAACUUCAAAGUCCACCUUCAGCUCUGGGACACAGCAGGACAAGAAAGAUUCCGCAGCCUCACAACAGCUUUCUUCCGAGACGCCAUGGGCUUCCUGCUGAUGUUUGACUUGACCAAUCAGCAAAGUUUCCUCAACGUCAGGAACUGGAUGAGUCAGCUACAGGCCAACGCGUACUGUGAUAGUCCAGACAUCGUGCUGGUGGGCACCAAGGCCGACCAGCUUGAUUUACGGGACGUUCAUGCCAGACAGGCCAGAGAGCUGGCCGACAGAUACGGCAUCCCCUACUUUGAGACGAGUGCAGUGACGGGUGCUGACGUGGACCAGGCGGUGACCACCCUGCUGGGCCUGGUGAUGAAGAGGAUGGAGCAGAGCACGUACGUGGGCCCCAGCGCUCAACCCAACGGGGGCCUCGCCCUCAGCCACGAUGUGCAGGGGGCUCGUGUCAGGAGGACGUGUGCUUGUUGA